UAUGAAUAGGACAUCGAAACGAAGCAGCUGUAACAUUGUUAAACUGUAACUCUUUUUUUUUUUUCGUUUCAGUUUCCUGGAAGACAUUGUUUGCACAGCGUCGUUUGUAGGUACAACAACUCGUGACACUGGAGAAAGAUUAGUGACUGAUAAACUUCUGAUAAACUUCUUAAAUGUAUCGACGUGUAUGAUUUUGUGCGGCUCGCUAACGGAAACCGUUGAAGUGUGUGAGUAGGUUGCAGGUACAGAGCUACAAUGUGACAUAGUUCAUGUAGGCUACAUUGUGUCCGUGGCGCGAAGAUAAGUAGGGUGCCGAACAUGGAUUAGGAUUUAGUGCUACUGGGACAAAGUGAAGCGCUGGACACUUUAAUUUGACCUUGAUUUUUUUAUUUUAAAUCUGGGUGUUAUUGAUAAUCCAUCAAGAUAGCUACUCUAAUCGGAUAAAUCCAUUUUUAACAUCACGUUUAUGGAGAAGUACUAUUUCAAUAAACUUUGACCAAGGAAGCCAAUCGCUGGAUGACAGAAAAAGACCGUUGACAUUUGACUUGGCUAGUUAAAUUUGGUCAACCCUGUUAAACAUUUUGAAAUAAAAAGUUGAUUCAAGCAAAAUUGGGGAACUUUUACAUUGCGCAAAGUUAUUAUCAGAAGCCAGUUCAUGGUGAAUUUGGUGGAUCUGGUUUGGUAAUGCACCAUGAUGCUGUUGUAGCCCACGGGGUAUGAACGUAUCUCGUGAAGGAGGAAGGGAGACACGAUGGCACUUUCCCGGAGAAGGAAUCGGUGGAAGUUGAUAGUUUGCCUUUUGGGGGCGUCUAUAGUGGGAUAUUUUAUUUUAAACAGGCAUAAUAAUCCCGGCGACAUAGCUGGAACAAGUCGAAGAGAGGUUCCCACUGAGCAAGAUAUUGCAAAUGAAAUGCUUAAAAAGCCUGUUUAUGACAAACCGCAGUUGGAUUUAAAUGCCUUGGGAGAAAUGGGCAGAGCUGUCAAAUUGAACCUCGUUGGAGAGGAGAAGAAAAAAGAAGAGGAAAGUAUAAAUAAACACCAGAUUAAUACCUAUGUGAGUGAUCUGGUAUCUCUCCACCGCAGUCUACCCGAACGAUGGAAUCCUCUUUGUAAGGACCAGAAGUAUGACUAUAGGUCAUUGCCAUCCACGUCAGUGGUGAUCGCUUUCUACAACGAGGCCUGGUCCACGCUGCUACGCACUGUCCACAGUGUCCUGGAGACCUCACCCGACAGACUGCUGCGAGAGGUGGUGCUGGUGGACGACUAUAGUGACAGAGCUCAUUUGAAGGAGCCCUUAGAAAACUACAUCUCCAACUUGAAGAAGGUGCAUCUGAUCCGGGCCAGGAAGAGGGAGGGCCUGGUGCGGGCCAGGCUCUUGGGGGCCUCCAUCGCCACGGGCGAUGUGCUGACCUUUCUCGACUGCCACUGUGAAUGUCACAAGGGCUGGCUGGAGCCCCUGCUCGACAGGAUAAAGGAGGAGCCGUCCGCUGUGGUGUGUCCCGUCAUUGAUGUCAUCGACUGGAACACCUUCCAGUAUCUAGGCAACCCCGGGGAACCCCAGAUCGGAGGGUUUGAUUGGCGGUUGGUCUUCACCUGGCACUCGGUGCCAGAGUAUGAGCAGAAACGCAGGCGCUCUGCCAUUGAUGUCAUCAGGUCUCCUACGAUGGCUGGUGGGCUGUUUGCUGUCAGUAAGAACUAUUUCCAUUACCUGGGCACGUAUGACACAGGCAUGGAGGUGUGGGGAGGAGAGAACCUAGAGUUCUCAUUCAGGAUCUGGCAGUGUGGGGGCAGCCUGGAGAUCCACCCCUGCUCCCACGUGGGCCACGUCUUCCCCAAGAAGGCCCCCUACUCGCGGAGCAAGGCCCUGGCCAACAGCGUGCGUGCUGCCGAGGUCUGGAUGGACGACUACAAGGAGUUGUACUACCACCGUAACCCCCAUGCUCGCCUGGAAGCCUUUGGGGACGUGACAGACAGGAGAAGGCUCAGGACCCAGCUGGGAUGUAAGGACUUCAAGUGGUACCUGGAGAACAUCUAUCCUGAUAUCCACAUCCCUGAGGACAGCCCUGGGAUGUUUGGAAUGCUGAAGAACAGAGGCAUGUCCAGCUACUGCUUUGACUACAACCCUCCUGACGACCAUAACCUGGUGGGCCACCGGAUCAUCCUCUACCCCUGUCAUGGCAUGGGACAAAACCAGUUCUUUGAGUACUCCAAUGAGAGUAGGGAGAUCCGCUAUAACACCAGGGAGCCAGCAGGGUGUGCUGUGGGGGACGCCGUCUCCAACUACCUGACUGUGCACCUGUGCAGGAAACCCCGGCAGACUGUCCCACAGGACCAGGAGUUUGUCCUCAGAGAGGUGAGCUGGAUGGUGACUAUGUUCAUCCCACGUCAUGGCAGCAAACAGGGAGCAGAGGAAAGGGACGACACCUUCUUCCAUGUGAUGACGCAGAAGUGUGUCCAGGCCGUGGACAAGACUGACAACGGCACCCCUGCCCCCGCCCUGCGGCCUUGCUCAGACCACGCCAACCAGAAGUGGUUUUUUGAGGAGAGGGGGGCGUAGUGGAGUGGGCCAGCCGAAAUCCCUAUCCCUGGGGUAGAGGGUCAACCAAACUCUUAACCCUGGGAUAGAGGGUGACAGCUGGAGGGCCCCAAAGACCAAUACUAAGGUCCAGCGUCCUUAUGUCGUGGAGAUGACCUGGGUCGUAUUCACAAGAUAGAAAACAGAAGAAAAUGGUCCAAAACGGGGAGGUUCUAUCUGAAGUAGUCCAAUAGGCAUCAUUUGUUUUCUGUUGCACACUGUUUUUAAAUGUUGUGCUCUAAUGAGUAUGACCCUGGUCAGGCGAACUGUUCUCACCUCCUGUAUCUAUGCACAACCGUGUGCUUGCUGGACAACGUUGACGUUUUCGCACACUUGAUAUUAACUCAUACCACAUCUACUUCUCUUUUUUUGUCGAUAUUUGUUGUGAAAACCUGGGAGAUGAAGGAUGUUGGAAUGGACAGAUAUUUAACACAUUUUGAUGUGUGGGAUUUAAUUACCUGUCUGUUCAUCUGACUGAAAGCCACUCCUACUUUUUAUUCUCACUUUCGUUCUUACCUCUCUCUUUCUCUGGAACACGGGAGCACUUAGCAGCUGGUAGUGAAUGUUUUUGGCAUUGCAGUGAUCAUGACAGACUCUUAUGUACUUGCGCAUUACAUUAUAGCUGGAAAUCUCAGACUCAACCUCUAGACGGAGCCAAAGCUUCCAUCUUGUGUGCUGAUCUUUUUCACUCCAUCCAGCAUGUUAUCAGCUCAGUGAUGUGAAUGGUUAAUUGUUCAGGUAUUUUUGGAGCAAGUAUUUUGUUUUCGACAUGUAUUUUUUAUUUUAAAUACGUGUGUACUACUUCAACCAGUCCCUCCAGGAUGUUGUUUUUUUUUUUGGUGAUAUUUGCGGACCAAAAAAUCGUGCAUGGCAGUAUGCAACAUUUUUGUUCAAGUUGUCGCAAAAGUGCGCUGACGAGGGAAACAUUUGUUGCAGUGGAGCUUAAUUGAACCAUAUUAUGCUGUGAUUGGUUAAUUUGCCCGCCCUCUUUUUGUAAUGCCGUGAUGGAUCUGUUUUAUGCGGUAAUAUUGCAAUGAUUUGACUUUUCUAUGCAGAAAUUAGUGUGGUUAUUGGUUUGCAAGCCCUCUUAAAAUAUGUGGUGAAAUUUUUGAUUGCACACAAAACAAUUUGCGAUGACAGAAUCGUGGAGGGGCUUUUUCAUUUUCGAUUUGCUCCGCUCAUAGGCUUAAGACAACUCACAGUACCUCUUUAGCCACACAAUUACUGGUAGUAGGAGAAAUUCCACUCCGGUCUUUAGUUGUGUUCAUGAAUCACAAUUAUGAAUUUGGAUAACUCACAGUAAGCAAUUUAAACAUUUCUGAAAGAAGGAAUACUUGUGGUUUUUCAAUGUUUUUUGGUCUAACAUACAUCUUGUCAAUGCAAUUGACUCCUAAUAGAGUGAAGCUACGAAGACUUAACGUAGCUAUAUUCUGUGUGUUAAUUAUAUUACAAUUCUUGUUUAUUUUAAAUGAUAUAUUUACUCAAAUGUUUAUUUACUUACUAAUUGAUCAUUGUUGAUGUCAGCGUGGAUUUGUUAAUUCAGCACUAAUUUAAAUGAGCCACUUGACUUUAUGUAUUGCAACUGCAACAACAAAAUGGGGAAAACAAUUGUUGACAGUAAACGUCACUUAAGGCCAUCAUUUGGGCCAUUUUACCCAGAAGUGCCUUACCUGAUGCAAAAAGAGAUGGAAAGAUAUGCAUGGAAUUAUAAAACUAAUCCACAUUUUUGUUAAGAGAUUAAGGACAAAUCUCAAAUGAUACCUACCUUAUCCCUAUAUACUAUAGUGCAGGGGUACUCGACUACUAUUUGAGAAGGUCCGGUCACAUACAUUUCCUCUGUGGCAAUGGUCCGGAUGGAUAUUGUAAUUUGUCGUAGUAACAAUCCCCAAUGUUGUGACCUCCGAGCUGUUCAAACUGUUUACACCCCUCUUUUUGCCAGAUAUAAAAAAUAAAGUUGCCGUUUUUUAAACUAAGUUCCUGCAAUUCUACACAUUUUUACAUGUCUUAUGUGUGUUCAUAUGAUACCUAAGUGGCUCAACAAAAUCAGUCGGAGAUCCCUUGGGAUGGUGGCCCCUGGGCAUGUAAUCUGGCCACGAUAACUACAAGAUGUAGGUAACUGGUUAACUUUCCUAACUGGACAUUUUUCGGACAGGUUAUAAAUAGCUCUCUAAGGUCUGUCAGUGGAGGAAGGAAAACUGUCGAUACACAACCAAAUGUCAAGAUGUUACCUUGUGCAUUCUACUAUUAUAACUCAACAACAGUAAGUUUAAUUUCCCAAAAAAUAAAUGCUAUUUAUUUAGUCAGGACCUGCGGUCCGUAUUGACCCCGUUCUGAGUCCAGAUCUGGAACCACCAGUUGAGUAUGGCUGCUAGGUGUCAUUUGAGAUAUAGCUUAAGUGUACUUUAAGAUUGAUAUCUUAUGCAAGGAGAUUGUGGGUGAAUGGAGUGCUGCAUUGAUCCCUGUUCGCUUAGCCUAGUGGUAUGGCUGUUGCGUUUAGGGGGACGUUGGACACACACUCACAUGCAUACACACACACACACACACACACACACAGGAGAUUACGGGCUUGAGGACUGAGGAUCUCUACAUCACUUCAAUUGAAAUAGGGAUAUGAGAUUUGAUUUAUAACUUUUCAUAUCCAUGGCCACAGUUCAUAACAUGUUUUCUAAGUACAUUGAAAACAGUUAUUUAAACAAGACCCAGUGAAUCACAAUAUGUAAACCUAUUGAUUUUGAACAGGGUCCAAAGUAGUGCACUAUAUAGAGUACCAUUUGGGAUGCAGAAAUAUUUUUGCACCAGGGAGUUGAAUAAAUAUGAGAUUGUUGUUCCUGAGUUAUAGUAGCGUUAUUUACGGUUUGCUUAGGCAUCUGGUAUUCCAGGCAUGUCCCUACAUUGUAAAACGUUUUAUUGUAUGUUAUUUGACAUGGUACAGUGGGGGAAAAAAGUAUUUAGUCAGCCAGCAAUUGUGCAAGUUCUCCCACUUAAAAAGAUGAGGCCUGUAAUUUUCAGGUAGGUACACUUCAACUAUGAUGGACAAAAUGAGAAGAAAAAUCCAGAAAAUCACAUUGUAGGAUUUUUAAUGAAUUUGUUUGCACAUUAUGGUGGAAAAUAAACUUGUUAUUGACCAAAUACUUAUCUCAAUACUUUUAUAUACCCUUUGUUGGCAAUGACAGCGGUCAAACGUUUUCUGUAAGUUUUCACACACUGUUGCUGGUAUUUUGGCCCAUUCCUCCAUGCAGAUCUCCUCUAGAGCAGUGAUGUUUUGGGGCUGUUGCUGGGCAACACGGACUUUCAACUCCCUCCAAAGAUUUUCUAUGGGGUUGAGAUCUGGAGACUGGCUAGGCCACUCAAGGACCUUGAAAUGCUUCUUACGAAGCCACUCCUUCGUUGCCCGGGCGGUGUGUUUGGGAUCAUUGUCAUGCUGAAAAACCCAGCCACGUUGCAUCUUCAAUGCCCUUGCUGAUGGAAGGAGGUUUUCACUCAAAAUCUCACGAUACAUGGCCCCAUUCAUUCUUUCCUUUACACGGAUCAGUUGUCCUGGUCCCUUUGCAGGAAAACAGCCUCAAAGCAUGAUGUUUUCACCCCCAUGCAUCACAGUAGGUAUGGUGUUCUUUGGAUGCAACUCAGUAUUCUUUGUCCUCCAAACACAACGAGUUGAGUUAACAAAAAGUCAUAUUUUGGUUUCAUCUGACCAUAUGACAUUCUCCCAAUCUUCUUCUGGAUCAUCCAAAUGCUCUCUAGCAAACUUCAGACAGGCCUGGACAUGUACUGGCUUAAGCAGGGGGACACGUAUGGCACUGCAGGAUUUGAGUCCCUGGCGGCGUAGUGUGUUACUGAUGGUAGGCUUUGUUACUUUGGUCCCAGCUCUCUGCAGGUCAUUUACUAGGUCCCCCCGUGUGGUUCUGGGAUUUUUGUUCACCGUUCUUGUGAUCAUUUUGACCCCACGGGGUGAGAUCUUGCGUGGAGCCCCAGAUCGAGGGAGAUUAUCAGUGGUCUUGUAUGUCUUCCAUUUCCUAAUAAUUGCUCCCACAGUUGAUUUCUUCAAACCAAUCUGCUUACCUAUUGCAGAUUCAGUCUUCCCAGCCUGGUGCAGGUCUACAAUUUUGUUUCUGGUGUCCUUUGACAGCUCUUUGGUCUUGGCCAUAGUGGAGUUUGGAGUGUGACUGUUUGAGGUUGUGGACAGGUGUCUUUUAUAUUGAUAACAAGUUCAAACAGGUGCCAUUAAUACAGGUAACGAGUGGAGGACAGAGCAGCCUCUUAAAGAAGUUGUUACAGGUCUGUGAGAGCCAGAAAUCUUGCCUGUUUGUAGGUGACCAAAUACUUAUUUUCCACAAUAAUUUGCAUAUAAAUUCAUAAAAAAUCCUACAAUGUGAUUUUCUGUUGUUUUUUUUCUCAUUUUGUCUGUCAUAGUUGAAGUGUUCCUAUGAUGAAAAUUACAGGCCUCUCAUCUUUUUAAGUGGGAGAACUUGCAUAAUUGCUGGCUGACUAAAUACUUUUUUGCCCCACUGUAUAUGACAGCAGCAGAAUUGAUAAGUGACCAUUCACCUGGUUUGCUUAAUAUCUUUCUGGCCAGUUAUGUCGCGGUGCUCCUCUAUCACCGUACAACGAGUGAUGUUCUGCUAGCUGCCCAGACGUUGUGUCUGUUUGGGACACAGUACCCUGGAUGCCUACCACAUGGCACCCUGUUCUCUAUGUUGAGAACUAAUUUUUCAAAUCAAUAUGCUGGAUCCUACUGGAUUUUAUUUUCAUGCUGUUCAUUCCUAGUGGGCUUUUACCAUCAUCAAAAAACAAGUUAUUCAUUCAAGAUAUUUUUAGGAACUGUCCAUAAAAUGGAAUAGAUUGGAUGAAACUGAGUUUGUAAUCAUUUUAACGUACCAUUUUUCUAGUACCAUUCUGGGAAAAGUAUUUUAUGUGUAAUGUUUAAUUUCUGAAUAAUAAUACAAAGUACAACUUUUAAGUAUUGUAUUCUUCAUUGGUAUGUAUGUAUGUAUGUAUUGUCACGCCCUGACCUGAGUAUUCUUUGUUUUCUUUAUAUAUUUUGGUUAGGUCAGGGUGUGACAUGGGUGAUGUAUGUGUUUUUGUACUGUCUAUGGGUUUUUAUAGGUUUAUGGGGUUGUUUACCAUCUAGGUGUUUAUGUAUGUCUAUGGUUGCCUAGAUUGGUUCUCAAUUAGAGGCAGCUGUUUAUCGUUGUCUCCGAUUGGUAACCAUAUUUGGGCAGACAUCUUCUUUGGGUAUUUCGUGGGUUAUUGUCUGUGUAGUUGCCUGUGUCUGCACUCGUUGUCAUAGCGUCACGUUCGUUUUGUUGUUUUUGUUUGUGUUCUUCGUGUUCUUCAUUCAUUAAAAGAAGAAUGUAUUCUA